AUCUGGCAGACUCCGCCCCGGCAGCACCUCCAGCUGACGGUCUGCCUGUGCGCUGCCGAAUGUUUGGAAUUGUUGUGAUGGGAGGCCGCAGCCAUCUUGGAUGAGCGCCGCUCCGCACCGAGCACCAACGGUCGACGGUGACGGUGGAGCAGCCAGCCAGCCAGCUAGCUAUCGUUAGCUGCUGCUCGGAGAGAUUAACCUCGCCUCUUAUUGCGACUAUGCUUUAUUUGCGCCCGCUCUGUAGUCGACGCAUUGUGUGCGCAAAAAUGGGCACAAGUAGUUUUAAACGUUUUGCGGCUAUAAUUUAGAAAAGGGAAAGGCGUUGCUGAACCUCGGUAUAUUUUUACAUUUCUGGAUAGAGGAGUUACUAUGAAUGGAGGAUAAAUGUUGCCGAAGGCUGACAGCAGCAGUUUCGUCCUCCUCUUCUCUCUUCUCUUCGUUCUCACACUAACGGACCCACCACGGACAGGUCCACGGCUAGCUCUGGCAAGAUUAUUGUCAGAGCAGCGCUGCAGCACUGGGCAGUUCGCCUGCCGCAGUGGGAAGAUGCAGUGUAUCCCGAUGUCCUGGCAGUGUGACGGCUGGACAGCAUGCGAGGACAAAAGCGACGAGAUGGACUGUCCCCUUAUAAAGGCGGAGAGGUAUCGCUUUGAGAAUGGAUAUGAGAACGUAGAAGACGUCAUCGGUGUGGCUCAGCCGGUUCGCUUCAACAAGAAGUGUCCCAACGGCUGGCAUCACUAUGAGAAGACGGCCAGCUGCUACAAAGUCUACCUGAAGAACGAGAACUACUGGAAGGCCGUGGAUACGUGCCAGAAGGUUAAUGGCUCCUUGGCUACGUUCGUGACCAGCGAAGAGCUCCAGUUCAUACUGGAGAUCGAGCUGGACUUUGACGACAAAGUGUGUGAGCGCAGAGAACAGUGCACGUUUUGGGUGGGCUAUCAGUAUGUGAUCACCAAUCGAAGUCACACCUUGGAGGGCCGUUGGGAAGUGGCUUCCAAAGGGUCCAUGCAGGUGAUUUGGCCGCCUGAGGGCCUGGAGAAGUUUGGGGAGACCUCUCCCUCUCAGGACAACGUCUUCUGCGCCCAGCUGCAGCGCUUCCAGAGCAAGAGCAUGAAUGAACACGGCCUGCACAGCUGGGACGCUGAGAACUGCUACAAGAAGUUCCCGUUCCUCUGCAAGAGGAGGCAAACAUGUGUAGAUAUAAAAGACAAUGUAGUAAAUGAGGGCUACUACUUCACCCCGAAGGGGGACGACCCGUGUCUGAGCUGCACGUGUCAUGACGGCGAGCCGGAGAUGUGUGUGGCGGCGCUGUGUGAGCGGCCGCAGGGCUGCACUCGAUUUCAGAAGGAUCCCAAAGAGUGCUGCAAGUUCACCUGCCUGGAUCCCGAUGGCAGCACUCUGUUUGACUCGAUGGCCAGUGGGAUGAGGCUGAUCGUCAGCUGCAUCUCGUCCUUCCUCAUCCUGUCGCUGCUGCUCUUCAUGGUGCACAGACUUCGUCAGAGAAGACGCGAACGCAUCGAGACUCUGAUCGGAGGCAACUUGCACCACUUCAACCUCGGAAGACGAGUGCCAGGCUUCGACUACGGCCCAGAUGCCUUCGGCACCGGUCUCACUCCUCUGCACCUGUCUGAUGAUGGCGAAGGCGGGGCUUUUCAUUUCCAGGAGCCGCCUCCGCCGUACGCCGCCUACAAAUAUGCCGACAUCCAGCACCCAGACGACCCCCCUCCUCCGUACGAAGCCUCCAUCAACCCAGACACCUUCCUCUACGUGGACUUUGGACACAGCGGAGUCUCUGUGGUGCCGAGCCAGAUGAACUCUCUGGGCAACGGGCUCGAGGCCGAACUUCCCAACUCCCCCGCUCCAGCGCCCGUUUGUGUGCCAUCGUCUCAAGAGAGGGAGGACUCCAUAGACAGCAGCACCCUCCUGGUGGGCCCUGACACGCCAACAGAUGGCCACGCCCCCGCCCCUCUGCCCGCAGACUGCACGUCCUCCCUCAGCACUGUGGUAUAGGAGCGAAGGACAGAGCCGCACCCGGAUCUCACUAGUCAGAACUGCAGGCUGUUGAUGUCGGCUGCAGGGAACAGACUUGUAUUUUGUACAGACGUAUAAGAAGGAGCGGCGACUGUUUUCUUACAGCGGGGUUUUUCCUUCUGAAGACGAAGUGUUUGGUUUUGUUUGCUUUUUGAAGACACUGGCAUCCGAGGGAGCAGCAAGGACUGAUUCUGUACAAAAAAACCAAAAACAUCCCAAUAAUUUGACAUGGCUGCACUCCUUGUUUUGUUGCUGAGAAGCAGCCUAAUUGGGUGAAACCCCGUCUGCUGUAAAUGCUCCCUGAGGUUCAGACUUCAUACCUGUGUGUUUCAGUCCCGCACAGCAUCAAACUACCAACCCAGCUUUUGUUGCUUGUACGCUUUUUGUUGCGUCACACUUUGAAACGGCAGCGUCUUUACCGACCUCCGAACUACUAUAGCAUCCACACUGUCUGCUGCAGCAUGACCUAGAGCUGAUGAAAACCUUCAUUUUUACAAUCCGAUCUAAGCAGCCGUCUUCCAGAUUUAUAGCGCAGAUUUGCAGAAGCAGAUGUUUUAUAGCUCAGAAGGUGUCUGGUAGUCUACUAUUGUUGGGUUUUUAUCGGGUUACGCUGACAAAAAGCUUUAGAUGUCAGAAGAUGCUGGUUGUUUUCAGUUUGGUGUUACGUUUGUUUAUUAAUUUAUGACUGCAGGCUGUAAUUUUGGUUGCUUGUUGGAAACGUGUAAGCUGAUGGGUAAAGAUUAGAGAUGAAGGUGUUUCAUAAAAGGAAAAAAAUUUGAUUUAAAAGAUUUCUCCAAUUAUGAAUUAAGUCAUGCUAACAUUCAAAUUAUGUGCUAUUUGUGGUUGAGCCGUUGUGUACAGUCUUCACGCAUUGAUUUGUGAGGUAAGCUCAUCGACUGUCGCUUCCUUUCCAUCCCAGAAUGUGCCAACCAGGCGUGGGCUGGCAUAACGUUUUCUUGGUAACAUAAUUUUAGUAAAAACAUGUAUAUCAAGAUAUUUUCAUGCAACUGUGAAACAAAAAGGCAGCGUACAGCGUGAUCUUAAUGGUUUAAUUAAAAACAUACCUUUGUGUUGCUAAAACAAUCUGAGAUAUUGGUUAUUACAGGUAUAAUAUUGUCACAGAUUAAACUGGCUUUACUCUAAAAUAUUAAACAGAGAAUAAACACAAACUACAUAUAGAAGCAGCUUUCAGCCAAACAUGUCGAUUGUUCACAAUGCUCCUAUUUAAUCAUGUAAUUCUGGAUGAGUAUGGAAAAUUCUUCAUGAUAUUAUCAAAUCAAGGUGUGAGGUUUCCCCAAACUUUAAUAAUCUAAACAAAUAAAAAGACUUUUUGCAUUGGCAUGCAGACAAAUAUUGACUUGCCACUCUAAGACCUGACCGGCUAUAAAAGCAAACUCAUUCAAAAGUUAAUGUAUUAGAAAUAUUUACAAACAACCUGAUUUGUUGGUUGUAUAAUCCAAGGACAAAUGAAUGAAACGGUCCACGGAUAAAUGAAAAACAUGAAGUACUUUUUGGCUUCUGGACCCUCUUAAAACGUGGUUUUUAAAAUUGGCCUUUAGAUGCCAAAAAAGCAUUAAUUACAUUGAUUUCUGGAGAUGGAUCAAAAGCUUUAGAGUCUUUAUUUCAUUACUGUACACAUUAAUGCUCAAUUUAAAAAAAUCCAUGUUUAUUUGACUUUGAAAUGGAGAUAAGUUUGUUCAGUUUCCAAAGAUAUAGUGAACUAUCCCUUUAACACACUGCUGAAUUGUAAACCGACCAAAUAAUAAACCUCAACCUGGUCAAUGUUUUUUUGGGUUUUUUUUUUUUUUACUGAAAUGUUCAGCCUGUCAUAAAAUCUACCAGGAAAAAAAAUAAUAUUUUUGAAGUGUAAACUCUGUAGUAAACAUGAGUGUAGAAUAUUUGAGCUUUUUGCCCAGUUUAAAAACUCAGAAAACUGAUCAUUAUCAGAUCUGUCUAGCCUGCAGUUCGCUGCUUAACGUACAAGGCUGGCUAACUAGUUUUAAAUCAAAAAUAUUUCCAAACGGCCUGAUUUCUUGUCCUUAAAAUCCAAGCACAAGUUUAGUUCCUCAGCUCUACCUCUGUCUCUGGCAUCUUAUUAAAGGGAAUUAAAAUGGGUGGCCAGCCCAUGCCUGCGUUGAAACCUCUGCAGAACAUGACGGUUUCUGCAAAACUGUUGCUGUUCCUGUUUUGUCACUUUCUCUCUUUGAUUAAAUGUGUAUUUAAAAAAAAAAAAAAGUACGUUUGGAGCUAGUAAGACGACAAUCGGACACAUUCGAGGAUGGAUUCGACGGAGUUGGAGUCUUUUUUGUUUUUUUUGGAGUUUCCUCCAUCACCACCAGCAGCGUCCAAACUCAUGAUCCGCCCCCAAAAAUGGUUUGAAAUGUCUUGACUCCGCAUCUCAUGUUCGAAUGUACUGAAUAUAUAUAUAUAUAUAUAUAAUACAUGACUUUUUGUGCUCAUCUUUAACAAAUUUCUUUGUUUUUAUUUUCUACUUUUUGCGUCGACAAUCCACAGUGGAUUAUCCAGCAAACAGUCGUGUUUUCAUACGCUGCCAAACGUGAGCAUGUGUGUUUAACAGAUGGUGUUCAAUUCUGUUUGCACCCUCUUUGUUUUGGGUUUCUUCUUGCUUUAUGUACCUUUUGGUGCAUGUUUUCUAUGUGUUGGCAUGCUGAGAGAUAAUUUUAGCACAACAGUGUACAGUAGAUUUAAAGGCUCAUACAUGUAGUUCAGCGUUUUGUAUGAACUGAAAGCCGAGGUGGGGGGGAGGGAUUGUAAUGCAACUUAUGCUACAUUUCAUUGUCUCUUAUUUGACAGCCCUUAAAUUAAAAACAAGGGGGAAAAAAAACAAA